AGAAAGGGAUAUGUAACGUAGUGUUUGUGUUGCAUUGAUGUGGUAUUCGGUUUCAGUGUUUAUUGUAAUGAUUAUUUCUUUAAAGAACUGCUAAAUUUGUAGCAUCAUAGAAAAAUUAGUAAUGAUGAAUUUAGUACUUAAUUUUUUUUAAGUUGAAUCCCUGAAAUGGCUGAAACUAAAUCUGCACCAGAGCCCGAAAUGAAGGGUUGGCUAUAUAAGUGGACAAACUAUUUAAAAGGUUAUCAAAAGCGUUGGUUUGUUCUUUAUAAUGGCCUUUUGUCUUAUUAUAGAAAUCCCAAUGAAGUUGCUCAUACUUGUCGUGGUACUAUCAACUUAGUAAGUGCUGUGAUUCAUACAGUGGAUUCUAGCAACUUUGUGAUUUCCAAUGGAGGUACCCAAACAUUCCAUCUGAAAGCUUCAAAUGAAAUUGAACGCCAGCGUUGGGUAACUGCUCUGGAACUUGCCAAAGCUAGAGCAAUCCGAAUGACAGAAUCUGAUGAAGAUGAAGAUUAUAGUUUGCUACCUGCUCAGACUGACAAAAAUGAACUUCAGGGUGUUUUGAAGACGCUAAAUGCUAAAUUAGAAGACCUAAGCACAUGCAAUGACCUUAUUCUCAAGCAUGGGUUUGCCUUACAGCGAUCCCUAUCAGAAAUAGAAAAUCUUGAAACUGUGCCUGAUGCUGUAAACAAGAUACGAAGUGUGAAUGAAAGAGCUACACUGUUUCGUAUCACAUCUAAUGCUAUGAUUAAUGCAUGCCAGGAUUAUCUUCAGCUUGCUCAAACUCAAGGUCGUAAGUGGAUGAAAAUGGUUCAGCAUGAACAUGAGCAGCGUCUACGUCUUGAAGAGAUGGUUGAACAACUAGCCAAGCAACAUUCCCAUUUGGAACGGGCAGCCAAAGAAGCAUCUGCUAAUUCACCCGGUAUGCAUUCUGAUGAUGAUGAAUUCUAUGAUGCUGAAGAGGAGACAGGAUCUGAUUUUGUCAUUACCAUUCCUGGAAAAGUCCACAGGAGAACUCCGAGUGGUUUCAGCUUGCAAAGUGAGGGUCAAGAUUUGGAUGGUGGAGCUUCCUCUGAUACUGAUGCUGAGAGUAGUAAUAUAAACAAAGGCGAAGAUAUGAUAGCUCGCCGAAAGAAAAGAAACAGGGGUCAGGUACAUUCAGUUUGUGUUACCAACCAUUGUGAAGACAAUGAAUCAGAUUCUGAACGUAAAGCUUCCAGUGCAUCGGAGUCUCCUACACACUCCACAAAUAUUGAAAAAGACAAUAAGAGUCUGGUUCCUGUAAAGAAAAGAAGACUAACAGUGCCUGAGAAACCUAAUUAUAGUCUUAACUUAUGGUCAAUUAUGAAGAAUUGUAUUGGUAAAGAACUUACCAAGAUUCCUAUGCCUGUUAAUUUUAAUGAACCUUUGUCAACAUUACAACGAUUGACUGAAGAAUAUGAGUAUUCUGAUCUUUUGGAUAAGGCUGCUCAAUGUUCUGACAGCUGUGAACAGAUGACAUAUGUGGCUGCCUAUACAGUGUCUGCAUAUGCAACAACUAGUAAUCGUACUGGAAAGCCUUUCAAUCCUCUUUUAGGUGAAACUUAUGAAUGUGAUCGUACAGAUGAUUACGGAUGGCGCUGCCUCUCUGAACAGGUAAGCCAUCAUCCACCUAUGCUUGCUCAGCACUGUGAAGGCCGUGGCUGGAUAUGCUGGCAAGAAUUCACCAUGUCUAGCAAGUUCCGUGGUAAAUAUCUACAGAUCAUUCCUCUUGGUAUUGCCCACCUUCUAUUUCCUGCAUCAGGCAACCACUAUACAUGGCGUAAGGUUACAACUUUUGUACACAAUAUAAUUGUGGGUAGACUAUGGGUAGACCAUCAUGGAGAGAUGGAGAUAGUAAAUCACCAUACUGAAGACAAGUGUCACCUCAGGUUCAUACCUUACAGCUAUUUCUCAAGGGAGGUUCCUCGAAAGGUUACUGGUGUUGUGACAGAUCAUGAAGGAAAUGCAAAAUUUGUUCUCCAAGGCACAUGGGAUAACAAAAUGGAGUCUGCACGUGUCCUUAAUAGUCACGGAUCUGUCAAGGGAAAACCUCUCCUGGAAACUUCCUCGCCCAAAACCAUAUGGAGAAGACAAUUCCCUGGGCCUGAAUAUGAAAAAAUGUACAAUUUCACUGUGCUUGCUUGUCAGUUGAAUGAACCAGAAGAAGGAGUUGCUCCUACGGAUAGCAGGCUGCGUCCUGACCAGCGACUAAUGGAAGAUGGAGCAUGGGAUGAAGCAAACAGAAUAAAGGUUCAAUUAGAAGAAAAACAGAGACAGGUACGAAGAAAAAGGGAAGAAGAAGCUGAACAGGCAGCAUCAGAAGGUCGGCCAUAUCAAGGCUAUGAACCAAUCUGGUUCACUAAAGAGACAGAUGAAAUAACAGGCAAUCCUGUUCACAAAUUCAAAGGAGAGUACUGGAAAUGCAAGGAGGAUCAGGAUUGGUCUAGAUGUCCUGACAUAUAUUUGUGAUAAUUGUUAAAAAUUUUUUUAGAUCAAACUCUACUUGUAUUUUGAAGAGAAUGGUAUUCAAAUGCAGAUCUAUAUAUACAUAAAGGGACAAUGAUGUAUAUAUCUACCUUAUCUUUCAUUGCUAUGCUUAGAAUAUAAUCAAUUGAGUAUACUAUUUUGAUUCCCCCUUCCCCUGCCUGGCUAAAGUGCUUUCUUACUAGAUCAGCGAUUCUUAACCUUUUAACUCUUGCAGAUUUUGUCCAAAUCCUUUCAUUGCAUUUUGUAUGAAAGAUGUAUAGUUCAUUUUCUUAGCUUAAUAAAUGUUGGUAUAACAAUGCUAACAAUAUCUACUAUCUGUCUGUGAAAGCUAAUCAUUUAUAGGAAUGGUUGGCUUCAUAAAAUUUGGGGGUUUCUCAAACAUUCUCAUGCUAUGGAAUACUAUUUUAGGUUAGCUAUUUAGUUUUUUGGCAUUCAUUCUUCAUUUCUGUGAAGAACAGAAUGACAGCAUGUAUUGAAUCUAUUAAGAUGCAAAUUAAAUGUUCCUUCUUGGAAGAGAAUCAAUAAUGUUUCUGCCUACAUUUGGCUCCUGAUGAGUCGAAAUCAAUGUUUUUAUCAUCUGUCUAGUCUAGAAAUACAAGUCUGUGUGAUGUAGUAUGAAUCUACUUGUUUUUGAGUCUUUUUCGCUGACAUACUGCUAAUGUUAUGCAUUUGUACAGAACAAUAGUACAUUGUAAUUAUUAAAGAAAAUAGAGAUUUUAGGCCCCAGAGAGCCAAAUAAUAUUGGAUCGUUUUUAAUGUGCAUUUUAAUAGAUCCAUAAACUUUUUUUAUUAGUAUUUUUUAUAUGAAAUUUGCUCUGUUGUAAAAUUAUUGUGACUUCCAUUAUUCAUAUAUUUUCAUAUAAAAAUUCUUUAUUAAAAACACAGUAAACAUGUAUAUUCACAGUUCCUUAAAUGUGUUAGAAUUUCUAAUGUAAAUGUAUCAUUUACAGAAUUGCGGGUGUAUUUUGUUCUGCUGGGAAACAUUUUAAGACUACUGUUGCAUUUGAAUAACAAUCAUUAGUUAGAUCAGGAGAACUAUAAGGAAAGAAUCGCUGUCCUAGAUGCAUUGCUAAAGAGGUUUCUAUUCUUCUAAGUCCUUGUACAUAUGGAAUGAAAGGAAGUGCUUUUUGAAUCAAAACUAGCUUAAAUAAUUAUGAGUAGUUAAAAGCUAAUCUAUAAUUGCAGUUAAUCUUUUUGUUAUUUUAGUUUUAAUUUCCAAAUUUCUUUCAAUUGAUUAGCUAUUGUUUAAGUUUGUAUGUGCAUUUCUGCAAUAUCUGCCAAAAAUGAAUUCCAUCUGACGAUUUUAUUUGAAUUGUGAUGUUAUUUAACUGUGUUAAUAACUUCUAGCCUUGAAAUAGAUUAUAUAUAAUGUUUGCAUUUGAUCAUAUUUUAUUUGUCAAUAUUGGAAGCUGUGCUUCCUUAAAUAUUUUUUUUUCUUUCUUUCCUUCUUUUUAAAUCAUAUUGUGUAGAUACAUUUUCUUUUCUGUAGUAGUAUGGUGGUAAAAGAAAACAUUUAUUCUAUUGAUAUGUGAUAAUUUGUUUAAAAACUAGUAAAUAUCUCUUUGUGUGCUGUAAAUUGAUAUUAAAAGAAAUUAUAUUUUAUUAUCAUUUUUUGAAGUUUUUGAGUAGUUUUAAAAUGAUUAUUGAAGAUAAAAACUAUUUGUUACUUUCUGUCAUUAAAUUAAUUUAAAGCUGUUAAAGAAGAAAAAUUCGUUAAUUUUCUGUUUUGAAUUUUGAUUACUUAUUGAUGUACUAUUUGGAUAGUUUAUUGAAAAUUUAGAAUUAUUUAUUCUUAUUUUCAUACUGGAGGCUCCACACAAAUUUGUGUGGUGUGAUGGUCAAGUUUGCUCAAAUCAUUUAAUGAAGAGAUGCUUUAUGAGGAAUCUCCAUAUUAUGUCUUUGGAAUAACUUUUAUAAAUAUAUAAUAUUAGACUAUGAUUUUGUUGGACUUUUAAUUGACAGUUCUUAUAUCAUUAAUUUUUAAGAAUAUUAAGUGUCCUCAAUAUAAUUAUUUUGACAAUUUUUCUGAAAAAACGGUUGAUGAAUUUAUAUUAGUAAAGAAUUAAUUUUAAUUUUUCAUUUUUUAAAAUCAUUGUGUAACCUGUAAGUCUCAUGCCAUUGAAUAUUAUCUUUUGGGAAAAGUGAGUGAAAUAUUGUAUGUUCUUAGUUCAAUUGUUUGAUGUUUAUAAGUGCAAUUAUGGUUGGUUUAAAGGUUCCUUUUUGACUGAAGGAAGACGAUUUUCAAAAUUAGAUUUUUAGUUCAUUGUUACUACAAAUGCAUGAAAUUUUAUUUAAAAUAGCAAGUUUUGAACAAAGUGAGACUUUUUAUAUAUAUUAAAGUUUUAAUUUCUCUCAUCAAGGUAUGUUUAUAAGAAUGAUUUAUUUCAUGUAAAAUUAAAUUUGAAUCCCUAUUAAAUAUUCCAUAAAAAUAGCUCCUUGUGGUUGCAUUUCUUUUAUCCUCUUUUUUUUUUUUUUUUUUUUUUUGCACAAACAUUUUCACUAAAAACAUUAAAAAUAUUUGCUAUAAUUAAAGAAUACUAAUAUAUGUUGUGCGUGUUUUUUGUGAAAAUGUUACCAUAUAGCUAAACAGUGUGCUUAAAAUGAUCCACACUUUGUGAAUUUCAGCAUGAUUUAUGUGCUAAAGAUGUAUUUUGUCUGUAAUUGCACAUUUUCUUUUUCUUUUUAUGUGUUAUGUUUUGAUUCAAAAUAAAUAUAAUUUUAUUGUUGAAA